CAGAAUCUUUGCGCCACUGAGCCCUGCCUGAACAAUGGAACGUGCUACAUGGGAUAUACCUUGAAGAAGUACAUUUGCGCUUGCCCAGCUGGCUUCAAAGGUGAAAACUGCGAGAUAAAAGGUACUCUCAACAGAACUAAAACCUACCUGGGGGGGUGGGGGGUUAUCAGUAAGGGUUUUUGCGCGCCCUAAAUUUUUCUUCCUUUUUUUAAAUAAAAAGUUAAAGUGAUACAAAAGAGAAUAAGGCAAACAUCAACACAUAGUUCGUGAUAUUUAUUCCUUUUCUUUCCAGUGGACACUGAUCUACGACGAUUUCUCCAAGUAGGGCAACGAUUAAACAGCAAAGGGGGUCUAUAUACUUAGCCCGCGUACAGAUGCCCCCUCAGUAAAGCAAUUCCCCUUUGCCGACUUUUUACUAAGGGGAGGGGCGUCUGAACACAGGCUAAAUAUAGUGACUGUGACUGAACAUAGCCGAUGGAAGAGGGGGAGAGUUGAAGGGGGAGGGGCGGAUGGACACUCUAAAAAUGACUUGAUGUCUUGGUACUACUGCACACCGUAUUAGCGAUCUACUCCAAUCCGUUUGUUUAUAAGAGAUGUUUUAUUUAAAUAUAGUUGGUAGUAAAUAUAGUGGCUGCUAAGAUCACGGCUAUCAUAUUGAGUUAAAGUGAUAAAGCUUGGAAACGCUGCGACGGUCACUCAUUUAGUUAAUUCAAUCGUGCUUUACAGAUGUUCGCAGAAAUUGUGAUGAGGUCUAUGAAGCCGGUUUUCGAACCAGUGGUGUCUACACUAUCGACCCUGAUAAUGCUGGAGCCUUUGAUGUGUACUGUGACCAAAAAACAGCCGGUGGGGGGUGGACUGUGUUCCAAAAGAGACUGGACGGCUCGGUAGAUUUCUAUCUCAGCUGGGACGACUACAAACGAGGCUUUGGAAAUCUGAAUGGUGAAUUUUGGCUCGGGCUGGACAAGAUUCAUCGCCUGACAAAAGGACUCAGCAAGCUUCGAGUUGAUCUGGAAGACUUCGACAACCAAACAGCUUACGCUGAAUACGACUCAUUUGCUGUUGGUGAUGAACAGAGCAAGUACAAGCUGGAACGUCUUGGACAAUAUGCUGGUAAGACAACACCACAGUUAAAAAAUUAAGGAAAUAAUAAUGAAGUUCCACGCCGUCGUAAGAUCAGUGCAACAAUUUACAGUUUAUAUUUUACAUUCCAAUUUUAAGGAGGCUUAGCUUCAGCUACAUGCUCAAUAAUUUCUGAAUUUUCGUAAUAACCACCAGCAUUUCUCGAAUAAUGUUCCAACAAGAGAGAAAUAUCGGUCAGCGAGGCAAUCUUAGCCCGGUGGCCGAGAUAUGUGAUUUUCACUAAAGUUAUAUUUAGAGGCUGGAUUAAGCGGAAAUCUAUUUCCUGGAACGUCCGCACAUUUAUCUCAAUUCUUGAACGUCACAACCAAGUCCACCACGAUUAAGGCGCCGUCCAAAAUAAUUCGUUUUCGUUUGAAAAUGUAUUUAUUUCGCUGUGUUAAGGCCUGCCUUCCACACGUAAACACUGAGCAUUUUCAUCCAAAACGCAUCGAUUUGAAAACGCUUUUGAAAGUAACGCAUCGCGUGGAUGGUCGAAAAGGCAUCGAAAUGAAAAAGAUGACGUCAUAUGUACCACGUGGGUCGUAAAAUAUUGCAGGGGCGUGUAUUUGUAGCAUGCGCAUAGGGUUCAAAUUACGGCACAACGUGCAAUUUAGAGCGUUUUUGAACGUUUUAGUGUGGACAGUCAAAAACGCAUCAAAACGGAAGCUUUGGACGCGAAUCGAUCGAUGCGUUUUUGCUGGCAACUAAAACGCUUAAUUUUGAAAACGCAUUAGUGUGGACAGGGCCUUAUUGCGACACACCAAGAGAGCAUAAUGACCCCUUAUUCUAUCUGACAACACUGAAUAAAAGUUUGCGGACCUCUCCAGAAGCCAACUUCCGAUAAAUUUGAAGCGUUUAAUUGGUGUAAAAACAAUUUAGUGAAAUUCGGAUAUUCCAAGGGCGAGAAUGGAUGUUUCCCUCUUUGUUCCAUUCUCUCUUGGUUUAUUUGGUAUCUGAGUUUUAGCUCUAAAUGAGAUAUAGGAAGCCGUUUCUCGCGUUGCUAGGUGAUCGCUUCUCUUAUUCCACCUACUUUCCUUUUGAUAGACGGUCCGAAAACCGGGCUCAAGUUACUUAACGGGCAAGCCGAGGCAAGUGUAUUGCGCCUAUUGUAGUAGAGAGACGCUCAUUAGUAAACCUAUACGGAAUUAGUAUGCAGGAAGACACUGACUAGGCAGUAAUUAGUAUGGAGGAACGUAAUUUUCUCUACGUUAAAAACAAUGGGUGACGUCGUAGAUUAUCCCUAAACUAUCCUUAGCUAUCCACCAACGGGGCUUAUCUCACAACAUAGUAGACUACUCGUUUAGUUAUUGUUUGAGAGGUCCCAGUUAUUCAAAAUUUGAAAACUUAGAAUUAAUUUAGCAAACUGGCAACUGUUGUUCGGUAUUCCUUUACCCGAUCUUGAACUCAGACGUUUCUUGGUUUCACCGAUCUACUAUGUUUCAGCGAUUGCAUUGUUUUAACGCGAUUCUUAGGGUUUUAAGAAUAGUUUGUUCAUAGUAGCUUGCUAUAAGCACGCGUGAUUAUUCCAACUCGCUUUGUUUGACAGAUAUAGGCGAAUUUCAGGGUCGUAACGAGUUAUAUGGAAUCAGGGAUAAAAGGCAAAAAAUGGGGCGGGAUCAGGGAUCACAGACCCGGGAUCUGGGAUCCUUAGUCGUAGGAUCGGGGUCAGUAGUGCUGUGAGGUGAUUAGGGACAGUUUUCCGACAGAAAAAUGCUUUAAUGGGAAGGACCAGGGGCCCGUUUCUUGAAGGUCCCGGUAACUUUACGGGCCCGAAAUCAAAUAUUCAAAUCGAAAUAUAAAGAAUAAGAGCGCGGGUCCUGGCUAGCAAACUACUCCAUUUUGUUUCAUUAACUGACAGUUUUAUCAUGUUAGAUGCAAAACUAUUGAAAACUCGAUCUUUAAUGUAAACGGAGACAGCUUACCGGGCCCGUUAAUUAUCGGGACUUUCGAGAAACGGCCCCCAGGGGCCCGUUUCUCGAAAGUCCCGGUAACUUUUCGGGCCCGAAAUCAAAUACCCAAAUCGAAAUAUAAAGAAUAAGAGCGCGGGUCCUGGCCAGCAAACUACUCCAUUUUGUUUCACUAACUAAUAGUUUUAUCAUGCUAGAUGCAAAACUAUUGAAACCUCGAUUUUUAAUGUAAACGGAGACAGCUUACCGGGCCCGUUAAUUAUCGGGACUUUCGAGAAACGGGCCCCUGCUCUCGUUUAAAAACUCAUUUGUAUUUUUGGCGUAACAAUUUGUUCCGGUCCUUAAGUAUACGCAAUGCGACUUUUUUAGUACGCCGCUGACUCUCGGCUGGGAGUUGCCUCAUUUUGUUUUGACUCAUUUUUUGUAACUAUACCUUACAUUCACUGAAAUAUCGAAUUGGUCUGGGUUUUUUGACUGCCAAAUAAGGACUUAAUAAGAAAAAAUUCAUACAAUGGACGUUACCUUUUGCCAAUGAUUUCCUUCUGCACCCCAAACAAUGAUUUUAUACAUGCUAUUUCGACAGUGAAAGACGAGGUUUUUCAAUGGACAAAACCCUGUUAUCACCGCAAUUGUUAUUGCACUUGGUACUGUAACUUGUAUUUUUCUGCUGACCAUGCUCAACAGACAAUACAUGGUCCCUUGCAAGCCUUUAGCAGCUCCCGAUUCCAAGCCUCUGAUCAACGCUAAUAUCAAGUGACAAGUGUCGGGUGAAGACGGCAAAUAACGAAGCCUUUUCUUAUUAUGCUAGGGAGAAAGUGUGCGAAACUGAUCUUGACCAAACUUACAAAGGCUUACAAGGCGAAGGAGUAGUCGAUCAUGGCUCUCUAAAAUAAUGCAGUUUCCUAGCUCGUUGUUCGGCAGGUCAUGCAGUGGCCUUUAUCUUUGCCCGAAGAAAACUCAAUCUGAUCUCGUUUUGCUACUUAAAACUUAGUAAAAAUUCUCAAAAAGUCGUGCCUUUUGCAGGUACGUUUUUUGAAUAGCUUUCCCAACUUACACCAUCCGCAGUGAGCUCGUAAACUGCUUACAAUUAUGUCAUGGGGUAACUCAACCGAAUAUAAUCGAAACUGAUCUACAUCAGUAAGAGGAUUAAGUGAGAUGGUGAGGUAUACAACUAGAGGUCAUUUGGCUGAAAAGAGUUGGUCAACUGGUGCUACCAAGGCGACGACUGAGAAAAAGCUAGCUAGUGUAAACCCCAUUUAUUCUGAGUCGAUCAGCCAAUCUUACUGACAUUUCUUUUUGUGUGAAUAAAAUUUUGCUAAAUGGAAUUGAUCUCGUUUUAAAAGGAACAAGGCAAAAAACAAAUAGUGCUUGGUUUAUUACGGAAACGUGACGGAUAAUAUAUAGAUUUAGUCGGGGCUAAAAGCGAAGCUCUCGAUAAUAUUUAUAGUUUGUUCAAAAAGAAUAUAAAAUCGCGUAAUGCUAAGCGGCGAAGGCAACGCCGGAGAACGGUGAAAAAACAACAAUAGGUCUAAUUAGCAAAAAAGCAACUUUGCACGUGCAGUACACUUUUUUUGUACAUUUCUUUGCCGUUGUUUUGCACGACUACAACGUGAAACUUCCAUAAACUUUUUUUUAUGGAGGAAAUGUCGUACGUGUUCUCGUUCACUUUUUUUUCACUCCGCUCAUUUAACCUUGCAUUGGUGGCGGCUAGCAUUGUCACCGCUGCUACAAAAUUUUCAUGUUGUUCUUCCAACAAAAAAAAUGUCUCCUUUGCUUUUUAUCUCUCGCUCUAGAUCUCUGUCGCCCUUUUUCUCUUUGAGAUUCGCUGGCCUGUCGCUUUUUCUCUUUUUCUCUGUCUUUCUCUUACUCCAUAUUCCAAAUUUGUAGACAUGACAAUUAAUCGAAGCUUAAAACUUUAGAAAACACGGAUACAGAAACAAUUUCCGCUUUCCGGUUUCGUCUUUAUUGACUCUUUAGCUGCCUCUGCUUUACAAGACGCGGGUGGCUAUGCGAUUUCCCGCCAAAAUAACCUCGAGCAGCAUUUGAGUUGUCAUACCUGUUGAUUGAGUGAUUUAACAUUGGUAUGCCUGUGGUGCGGACGAACGGUCGGGCGUACGGUCACGUGAUUACCAAAUUUUCUCGCAUGGGUAGAUUACCACAUUUUCUUACCCAUGGUGCUCCGCUGCGCGCGUUUCGCGCGCGAGAGCUCCGCUAUAAGGAACUUCCCGUUUCCGUCGAGUUUACAAAAUACGGAAACAGGUUAUUUCGUCCUGUGAAACGCCGUCUAAAGUGUAACUAUUAUAUAGAAAUGAUGAUAACUAAUGGAACUGGCUGGAGUAAAAAACUCUCCCGUCAGUAACUUGGCUGGGACUCUGCUGAAGAAAUCGAGAGACACUUUAUUUUGCAUUUUAUUCAGGUUAUAUCGGGUGCAACGGUGUAGACUAGAAAGUUUCACCCGUUUACCUUUGUUUACAAGGAAAUAUUAUGCCAAGUCAAAGUUCAGUUAACAUAACUAAAGAAUAAAGAGUGUGAUAAGUAGACUGUAACAUAGUCAAUUAAGUUUACAUGCCCUAUUUGUAAUGGUAAAAAUGCCCGUUUUACUUAUUUGGAGUGCUGCUACUCUCUCACUUUCCCGCCGAAACGUCUAAAGAAAGGUUAUUUAGGACCAUUAAUAAAUUAAGAAAGAAAUUAUAUUUGUGUUUAUAAUUUUAGGAACUGCUGGUGACUCUCUUACAAGGCAUCAUAAUAUGCCGUUCUCCACCAAAGAUCAAGACGGGAGCUGUGCCAUUUUAUAUGAGGGAGCCUGGUGGUACAAUAAAUGUCAUGACUCCAACUUAAAUGGUCGCUAUCUUAAUGGGAGUCACUCCUCUUAUGCCAACGGUGUAAACUGGCGUCACUGGAAAGGCUAUCAUUACUCCGCCAAACGCGCUGAAAUGAAAACCAAACCAGUUGAAACCUAA